UAAUCUGAAUGUGGUGGAGCUAUGAGAAGAGCAGUGCCAUUGGAUUGCAUUCGUCUGUGCCAUAGCUUUUGUAGAGAGACAAGCCAACUAAAUUCACCUUAUAAUAAUCAUCUUAUUAUAAGGCUUCGUCUAUUUUUAUUUUACGCAAAUGUGGAUUAAUCUGGAUUGAUCGGAUAUUAGUGACUAUUAUUGUUGAUUAUUAUCCUUGUAUUAUUAUUUCUAUUUGCAUUAUACAUUAUUUCAACUCCAAAUUGCAACGUCUAAUUGUCUACUACAGUUUCCAAGCGGAAUGAGCCUGUUUUGCACCUCCUGAGGAUACAAGGCUUAAGUCUGGAUUCAAAAUGAAGUUAAAGUUUUUUUCCGGUGGGCUCUAUACGACCACCUCUAGCCUACAACUCCGUCGGCAGUUGAUAUUGCCAAUUGAAAACGUGAUGCUGUAGCCUAUUGUAGUUAAUAGACGGUAGAAAUGUUAUAAUUGUUUCUCCAUGUGAGACAUUCUCGAAUGUGGAUCACUGAAAACGAUGUAUACCGAGGCGGCUAAUUUAAAUUUCAGCUCGAAUGGAAGCAUCGACGAUCCACUGAGCUCUCUGGAUCAAGAAUGGAACGAGCCCCCGGCGAAAAGACUGUCUCGGACGGGACACCAUGUUAUGUCCGUCUUCCUUGGAUCUAUUAUGGUUUUUGGUUUCAUCAAUAACCUGGUGGUAUUGAUCCUGUUUAUUAAGUUCAAAACUCUGCGGACUCCUGUGAACAUGCUUUUGCUGAACAUCAGCGUGAGUGACAUGCUGGUGUGCCUCUGUGGCACCACGCUCAGCUUCGCCUCCAGUCUACAGGCACGCUGGCUGUAUGGGAAGCACGGGUGCAUGUGGUACGGCUUCGCCAACUCUUGUUUCGGAAUUGUGUCGCUAAUCUCGCUGGCCUUCCUCUCCUAUGACCGCUACAGCACCUUAACCGUGUACAACAAGCGGGCCCCCGACUACCGCAAGCCUCUGCUGGCUGUGGCGGGCUCCUGGCUCUACUCCCUGUUCUGGACAGUGCCCCCCCUGCUGGGCUGGAGUAGUUACGGCCUGGAGGGGGCCGGGACCAGCUGCUCGGUCACCUGGACAUCCCAGACUCCGCAAUCUCACUCCUACAUCAUCUGCCUGUUCAUCUUCUGUCUGGGGCUGCCUGUGCUGGUCAUGGUCUACUGCUACGGGAGGCUGCUCUACGCUGUCAAACAGGUGGGGCGGAUCCGUAAGUCGGCAGCGCGGCGGAGAGAGUUCCACAUCCUGUUUAUGGUGAUCACCACGGUGGUGUGUUACCUGCUGUGCUGGAUGCCGUACGGUGUGAUCGCCAUGAUGGCCACCUUUGGACACCCGGGCCUCAUCACCCCCAUCGUGACCGUGGUGCCCUCCAUCAUGGCUAAGAGUAGCACAGUCAUCAACCCCCUCAUCUAUAUACUCAUGAACAAACAGUUCUACAGGUGUUUCCUGAUCCUGUUCCACUGCAAACGGCCCAGUUCUGAGAACGGCGUCUCCUCCAUGCCUUCCAAGACCACCGUCAUCCAGCUCAACCGCCGGGGUCACAGUAACAACGUAGCAGUCACGCCCCAGCUCACCACCGGCACCAACCACCAUAACCACCAUCCCCACACAGUGGAGUGCAGCACUAACAACCGUGAAGUCACCACCCCAGUCUCCGAACAGACCAGCCCAGACCCCAACCAAGAGAUCACCUCCUGUGGACAGCCGCCGACCCCCCUCACUACCCCCCGAAGCCCCUCUCAAUCCACCCCCCCUUUCCACCACGUGACAAACGCUAUCCAGUGAUCCACUGUGUUAUAUGAUAGAGUCACCACCGAGAACUCUACAGAGGAUAUGGUGUUAUCCCUGGCAUUUGUCAUAUGGCGUCCCCCCCCCAAAAAAAAAAAAAAACUGUCUACACAGUGAUCUCUCAUGUGGCGUCACCCAACAACUCUCCAUAGUGAUUUGUCAUCAUGAGAACGCCCCAGACUACCCAUAAAAUGAGCCAUCAUGAGUCAUUGGGUCACCAGAGAACUCUUCUAUACAGUCAGUGACCUAAUCCACAACGUUACCCAGACAGAACUAUCAAUAUCUUCUACUAACAAAGUGAUCUAUUCCAAGUCAUCACCCCAGAAACUAACCUGUGAUCUAUUAUCUUAUAAAAACAGGGUAUCCCAACUGGCAAGCCUGCAGGUGGAUUUAUUUGGCCCUGCAAGUUCAUAGCAAAAUACAUAAUAUAUAUUGGAAUUUACGCAAGACUAAAAACACCAUGAAAGCAGCUCCAAUUGAUUUUAAGUUUUGAAAUGAUUAUGCUUUAGUAAAUGUUAUCCGUUUUGACAUCUACAGCAAUUGUUCUGUCCCCCCCGCCCAUCCGCUCAAGAAAAAAAAUACGUCUGCCCGCGCCUGAAUCUAGUUGAUGAUCCAUGUUAUCGAAGGUGUGUCAACCGCCCCAACCCAGUUAGAUGGUCAACUGUUACUUUGUCACUCAGUAAAAGGUGUAGGUAGAUAUCUUCCUGUCAAGUCUUGCCACGAGAACGCAACCGUGUGGUGGUGUUUACUUAAACAUAAAAACUUGUAUUUUUCCUCAACUUCUGUUUUCAUAUUGUUACGUCGAUAGACCCCAGAGUUGUAUUAAGACUGCAGCGGCUUUAGUGUUGUCAUUACUGUUACAGUACCUAAAAGGCUUUUGUCAUAACUGUUAUACACGGAACCCAACCCGCGUGCGCCAUCGUGCGCUAUGUAUUUUGCCCCCCACACCAAAUGCGAUCACGACACGCAGGUUAAAAUAUCCAAACAAACUCUGAAUAACUGACAUUAAUUUGGGGACAGGUAAAAAAAAAAAAUCAUGAAACAUGUAUGGCAAUUUAGUUAGUUAGCUUGCACCUGCUAGCUAACGUUAAUUUGUCCGAUUUAGCUAGCUUGCUGUUGC